AAAACCCUUCCGCCCCUUAAAUCCUGGGUGCCGCUUUCCAACUUUGCCCUUGCCCAGUACCCAUAAUUAUCACCCGAAUCGUCAUAGGAACACAAUUGGGGUUUUUCCUUUUCCUUUUUCCUUCUGCACACUGCACGGCUCCUCGAUAUCCGCGACCAUUUAUGAUUGGUGGAUCUGCCGCCAGAGUGGGGUAAGUGGUUUUGGCCGUCACCUGCCUCUCCCUUGUCCAUUCUAAUUUAAACCCAAGGAAAACCCUGCAUUUCAUCCACAUACUUUUUCAACAGCACGCGCAGAAGGAGGUCAAGGCCUCAAGUUCAAUUCCUCUGCGCUAUCUCAACAGAUAUAGUUGCUUGCGGUCAUGUGCGGUGGCGGUGAAGUCAUGGCAGCCCAGAGAGAUUUGCAGGUUAAGGUGGAGUCUGAGGAGACGGGUGUUGAUGACAAAGUGGCGCAGUUAGGGCCGUUUCUGAACCCAUCUGCCCUGGAGUUUACUCCUCCGAUGCUUGAGAAAUCACAUCCACAGACACCUUACGGGAUUGCAUAUCCAGUUCCCCAGCCCGUUUCUCCCUUAACAGUAUUCAAUGUCCCGAUUGUAACAGAAUUCAGAUCCCCACCCAUUACAUACAACGCAUAUAUUGCGCCGCAUAUUCAGAUGAACUGUCUCCUACCCAUUGCGCCGCCGCCGCUUCCUCCUCCUCCUACAAUAUGGACUUCACCAGAGAUUCCUGUUAUGUGCAACCCUGUUCCAAUUCCUAUCGCGAAUACGCACCUCUCCUGCCCUAAUAUGAUUUCUCAAACUUCUCCUCCUUUCCAGCCGAGUUUUAUGGUCGCUCCGCAGAGCUCAGACGGGCGGCAAGCGUACCAGUCUCGAAGCCUGCUUCUGAGUUUGGUCCCUACUGAGUUCAGUGAUCAUCAGAUUCAUCAGGAAUUGCUGGUGUGGGGGCCUAUUAGAGCGCUUCAUCUUGAGGCAAAACAUGACGGUAUGGUGACUGUAGAUUUUUAUGACCUUAGGCAUGCUAACCAGGCGCUUUUUGAUAUAAGGCAGCAGUACAUGAUGCUUUCUAAAAGUCUGGAAAGUGGAGCGUUGCAACAACCGUUUUCUUAUUGCUGGAGAUUCAUGGAAGGAAGACUUAUUUGGGCCCAAUAUGCAGAGCCCACCGCCGAGAACCAAGGCACGCUAGUCAUCUUUAAUGUGGAUACAGCCAUAUCCGAUGACAACGUUUUAUCGAUCUUCCAGCACUAUGGCGCUGUGAAAGACGUGAGGGGGACGCCAUUGAACAAUCGAACUAAGUUUGUAGAAUUUUUCGACAUAAGGGAUGCAGAGCGAGCUCGGAAUGAGCUAGACCGGAAUGAAAUUGGGUCAGAACAAGUAAAAAACCAUUUCAGUCAUUCGAAUGGUAGGACUCGCAAAGACUCUGCUAAUUUCGUUCACAAUAUUCCCCCUCGUCACCACCGACGGCCGCACUCAGACCAUACCGAUUUCAGCUGUGAUAGAGGUGUUUUUUCGAGUGAAAUUCACAAAAAGAGCAACACAUCUCAAUUUGCGAAUGUAACGAAGAGAGGCCGAGGCCGUGAAAGUGGUUUUGGCAGGGGAGGAGAUGCUGCCACAAACAAUUGGAAGAGAGAGUCAUCCCAUGCAAUCGGAGAGGAAACCAGAUCCCAAUUUGCUUUUGAUGAGACUCAACCGAAAUUGAAUGGUGAAGAGACCAGGACAACUGUCAUGAUAAAAAAUAUUCCAAACCAAUUCGAUCACGACAUGCUCCUGAAAAUGCUAGACAGUCACUGCAUGCUAUGGAACCAAUGCAUCGAAAAUGCAGAUGAAACCCGCUCAGCCUACGAUUUUGUUUACUUGCCCAUAGAUUUCAAAAACAAAUGUAAUCUGGGGUACGCAUUUGUAAAUUUCACAUCUGCUACAGCGACAUGGAAGCUUUAUAAAGAGUUCCAUGGGCAUCAUUGGGCUAUAUCCAACUCCAAAAAGAUAUGCGAAGUCACAUAUGCGAGGCUUCAGGGUCGAAGCUCAUUGGAAGAACACUUCAAAAAGUCUAGCUUUGAAUGUGAUACAGACGACUAUUUGCCAUUGGUGUUCGAUCCUCCUCGUAAUGGGGAGGUUGUUACGCUUGCCAAAGUGGUUGGUGGUCGUAGGCAAUCUGAAAGCAGCAUCAACAAGGAGAAGCCAGAAUACUGCGGAAAAAAUCAGACCAGAUUUGCAGCUGACAGCCGCUAUUCCUCCUCUUAUUGCCAUAACCAAGCUUUCGAUCACACAUAUCAAUACAGAAUGAGGCCAAGUAACCACCAUCGUACAAUUGGCAAGGUUAAAAUGAAAACUUUAACUAUAAUAAGCCUAAGAUUACUACCUAUUAUAGGCCCAAGAAUGCAGCACCUGCUGUCGAUUCUGACAGCAAAAAAGUUGAAGGUUGAUGACUUAAGCAACUAAAAGUUGAAUGGACAGAAGUCCAAUGGAAGUAGAAUGAGAAUCAGGGUUUGAAUAAUAAUUUAAAUAGAGAGUUUUCUUUUCAGAUGAAUUGUAGAGUAGGCGUAGAAUAUUAUGCUUUGUUAGAUGGCAAUUCUUUUUUACUCCAACGGAGUUUCCUCCUUACGCUGUCGUUUAUUUAGUACUGUAAGUAGUUCAAGUUCGAAUUGGACCAUCAUCUUCUUUAGACAUCUAUCAAUGAAGACAGUUCAUUAUUUAA